AUGUCUGCUUUACUUCAAGGUUGGGAGUGUGUUAGUAACUAUUCGGAGGUAGCUGGAGGUAGGAUUUGGGUGGUGUGGAAACAGUCGUUAUCAGUGGUUGUGUUCAAGAAAUCAGAGCAGAUGAUUGUGUGUGGGGUCUUUGAUCCUGAUACUCAGACAUAUAUAACUGUGGGUUUUGUGUAUGCGUAUAACACUGAAGGUCAGAGAAGGCAGCUUUGGGAAGAGAUAGUGAAUAUUUCGGACCAUCACCUGGUCAAGGAUAAACCCUUUCUUAUUCUUGGAGACUUUAAUCAAAUUCUAACGGCAUCUGAGCAUUUUUCUAUCCUACCCUAUGACUUACCGCUGAGAGGGAUGGAGGAGUUUCGAGAUUGUCUAUUCCAAUGUGAGUUGGAGGAUGUGGAGUUAAGGGGAGUGUUUUAUACUUGGACGAAUAAUAGACCAGAAGAUCCCAUUAUUCGUAAGCUUGAUAGAGCCAUGGGGAAUGAAGCUUGGAGGGAGGUAUUCUCAGAUGUGGUUGCUCAAUUUGAGGCGCAAGGAGAAUCUGACCAUGCACCUUGUGUAGUUGAUUUGCGAGCAGAUCCAGAAGUUAGGAAAGUGAGUUUCAAAUAUUUUUCAUUUCUGGCUUCUCAUCCUAAGUUCCAGGAGGAGAUAUUAGCAGCAUGGCAGAAGGAGAUAGCAGUGGGGUCAGAACUGUUUUCGUUGGGUCAGCGUCUGAAAGAGGUAAAGAAGGCCUGCAGAAGUCUUAAUCGACUUGGUUUCGGAAACAUCCAACAAAAAACAAGACUGGCUAUGGAGGAGCUUCAGGAGAUUCAGAGUGAGAUGUUAGUCUCCCCAACAGAGUCUUUGUUCAGGCGUGAGUUUGUGGCAAGGAAAACGUGGAAAUUCUUGGACUCUGCGCUACAGAUCUUCUAUAGGACAAAAUCGAGGAUCAGAUGGCUGAAGGAGGGUGAUGCUAAUACUAAAUUUUUUUAUAAAGCUGUGAUCGCUCAUCAGGCAAGGAACGCCAUCAGAUUUUUAUUUGAUGGGCAGGAAACAAGAAUCACAAAUAAGACACAGAUCAAGGAUAUGGUGGUGUCUUACUUUCAGCACCUGCUUGGAUCAGUUUGA